AUGAAUGUUAUUACAGCUUAUAUUUGGUAUUUUGCAUAUAGUCAUGCAAAUGAUUAUGAACAAAAAGCAGAAGCUUAUCGACAAAAAACUGGUGCUAAUAUUGAAUUAGAAACUGAUCCAUUACGGACAGUAUUUGAUAAAGUUGUUUGUUUACUCAAUAAUCGUCGUUCGAAAGAACAAAUUCGAGCAUGGCAACUCGACAAAAUGAUGCCAAAACGAGACAAGGUUGCUUUGGCUUAUUUAUAUUUCAUUCCAAAACCUCAUAUAGAAGGAACACCAUUAAGACCAAUUGUCUCUCCAAUGAAUAUACCAACAACUGGCAUUGCCAAGUUUUUAGAUAAAAUAAUUCGACCAUUAUUUGAUAAACAUGUUCGUUGGACAACGAUUAUUGAUGGUGUUUAUUUAAUUCGUCGUCUUGAAACAUAUGUUGAAAAUGAUUAUCUGAAGCCAACAGCUCAAUUAUGUACAUUUGAUAUUACAGAUUUAUAUACAAUGUUACCACAAGAAGAAUCACUUAAUGUUCUUACAGAAUUUCCUCUUCAACAUGGCUAUCAUAAAAAAUUCUAUCGGCAAAUUAUUGGUGGUACAAUGCGAUCAGCAUUUACUUUAACAUUGGCUAAUAUUUUCAUGUGGAAAUGGGAAAAAGAACUUGUUUGUCGACAAAAUGCAUCAUAUGAAAUCUAUGGUCGAUAUAUUGAUGAUAUCUUCCUGACUUCAAAUAAAUCUUUGGACAAAAUCAAUCAAAUGCUAGAUGAGGCGAAUCAAUUUCAUCCAAAUAUCAAAUUAGUUCGUCAAAUUGGUACAAGUAUAUUAUUUCUUGAUGUUUAUAUCGAAAAUAAGAAUGGUACAUUGGAAACAUCAGUCUAUCAUAAAGACGCCGCUGAACCGUACAUUGUACCAUUUAAAUCUGAUCAUCCUCGACAUAUUUUCAAGAAUAUUAUUGAUGGUGCUUUAACGCGAGCAAUACGUUUUUCAUCUACACUAUCAGCUUUCAACGAAGAAAGACGUUCAAUCAAACUGAUGUUACUAUACAACGGUAAUCCACCACGAUAUAUCUCAAAUCGAUCCCAUAAAUUCUUUUCAAAUCAUUUACCGACAUCGUUCAUUUUACCUAUGAUUAGUACUGAAAAUGAUUUUGCUUUCAUACGCCAUCAAUUAUUAAUCAAACCCACGAUUCCUGAAUAUCAAAUAGCUAAACGAAUAGAAAAAACAAUUGAUGUCAAUAACAAAGAAGAGGUGAAUAAUCUGUUAGUUAAAGCCCGACUAGAUAAACAAACAAAACAUCAAUCCAAUCUGAUCAUUCAUUAUACACAUGAAAAACGACUUCAAAGUAUUAAGAGAGGGUCCAUGAGACCAUCAAGCAUUCGAAGCACUCUUCAAAAUUUAAAUUUUUGAUUUUUCAUGUGCAUUCGAAAGAACAAUGUCUAAAACUAAUAACCCUAAAUUUUUAGCUCAUUUGGACUUUUUAUAGUAAAGUUAGCCUGGAUCGACUUUUAGCACCGUCUACCUAUAGUCUAAGGCAAAAGUUUAAGCGAUCUGCAUUUGUCCUUUCUCUUGUUCUGAGUCUAUCGAAGUCCAAGUAAGUCGAACCCCUUUCGUUCACCUAUCAUCUUGUGCAGUUUUCGACGCUCUUUCCAACGGUGGGUGAAUUACGGAGAUUUGAGUUAAUGGAACAGAGUUAUUCCCGUUUUCGGUGUUUUUCGGGUCUCUAAGUAUAAUGCAAAUAACUCCGCCGUCUUAAGUCGAAAGUCCGAUGUUUUUUCACCAGUUGAUAGCCCUUGAAAUUCUGCAUUGACCUAUGUGACUUUCAUCCCACUAUGCCAAAACCUAUAGGUCAAGAAAUUAGUACCACCAAAGCGGGCCAUAACUCAGCUUUCACACAAAAACAAGUUAUGCUCCG